CACUUCUAGAGCAUUAUCGUCAAAACUAUAAUCUGCUGAUACGAAGAGUCGCUUAACAAUCAAUAUAGAAACUGUUCAAAUCCCUCAUUCUCAACCGCUUAUUCAGCGGGUGUCGGCCAUAGCGAGAGGCCGCCGUGCCACGUGCCACAGGGGGACCCUAAGGAGUCUCUUCUUCCACAGGAACAAACUCUGCCAGGUGCAACUAAGAAUAGGACUGCCGGCCUCGAAGCCCGAUAAGAUCCAGGGGCAAUUAUUCAGCGUUACGGGAUCAGUUAAGCUCAACAGGGGUAGCCUUGUGGAUUCAAUCUUUGUCAGACUGAGUGUGCGGUAAUCCGUAAUUCCGCACUUUCUCGCCCUGGUAUUCCGCGCGGCCAAUAAGAAGGCGCCAGAGAGGCUCUCGUCGCUUAUAAAUUUCUCCAUCCAUCUUACAAAGCCACAAUUGCCGUUGAAAAUGGAUCUCCAGCACGCAAUGUGAUUGGUGACUGAUGGGACCAUUUGAGAGAAAUAAUUAUGAAUUUUUAUGGAAAUGGACCUAAAUCGCGGGGUGCCAAAUGUUUCGCAAUGGCGAGAUUGUGCAUAUAAGAUCCCAGUUUUCUCUUCAAUAGACCCUUGCAUCUCAUCAGCUUCCUAUCGAACACUCCUCCAACAGUUCCCACCUCUUCAAUAUCGAUCAACACCGUCACAAUGGGCUCCGCUCAGGUCGAAUUCAAGAACACCUCCACCAACACUCUCCUCGAGUUGGUUAAGGCCCGCCGUACCUACUACGGUCUCAAGGCCGAGAGCCCCAUCUCCGACGAUGCCAUCCAGUCCAUCGUCGAGACCUCCGUCCUCCACGUCCCCAGCUCUUUCAACACCCAGACCUCCCGUGUUGUUCUCCUGCUGAAGGAGGAGCACCAGAAGGUCUGGGACAUUGCCAUCAAGGCCAUGGAGGGUCUCGUUGCCGCCGGUGCCGUCCCCAAGGAGAUGUUCGAGAACCACACCAAGCCUAAGCUCGAGUCUUUCCGCGCUGCCUACGGAACUGUCCUCUUCUUCGUCGACUACGAGUCUCUCGCCCCCAUCAAGGAGAAGUUCGCCAUCUACGCCGACAAGUUCGACCCCUUCGCCCUCGAGUCCAACGCCAUGUCCCAGUACCUUGUCUGGACCGCCCUCGAGUCCGAAGGCCUCGGCGCCAACCUCCAGCACUACAGCCCCCUCAUCGACGCCGACAUCCAGAAGACCUGGAACCUGCCCGCCUCCUGGAAGCUGGAUGCCCAGCUCGUCUUCGGUGCCCCUACCGGCGAGCCCGGCCCCAAGGAAUUCGCUCCUCUUGAGGACCGCUUCAAGGUCUUCGGCAAGUCUGCAUGAAUUUCACGAUAGACUACUUUUUAUGGUGUAAUGUGAGCGUUGUAGCUUAGAUUUCAAUGGCAUAUUUUCAUAGACUUUGAUGGUCCUACUGCUUGUGUAGUAUUGUAUGUAGGGGAUCAAGCUUGAUCUGGCGCUAAUAUUGGCGCAAGCAGCCUCGGGAGUUGCUCCACCACUCUCGAGAUCUGUCUUGGACACCGGUCG